AUGUCAUUUAAUUCUAUGUUUUGUGUAGGUAGGUAGGUAAUUUGAGUAAAUAAUUUCAGUUUUUUCAGUGCUUGUUGUAUUAUACAAAAAAUAUAAAAUACAUACAAUAUAGAUUUUGGACCUUAUUCAGAAAAAAAUUCUCGCCUAUUCUAUAAAGUUAUAAAGUUAUUGGAGGUGAAGGUGAAUCCAAGUUUCACACAAUAUAUCUCAUUUUAAUCACUGGCUUUUGUACUUUUGGAAGUGCAUAUUAUUUUGGGACAUCAGAGUUUGAAAUAUGUAUUAAAUUUCUAUUUUGGUAUUUCGAUUAUGGAAUUUUCUUUUUAUGAUUUCAAUUGAUUCACGUUUUGUUAGUUACGGUGUUUUUUUUAUAACAAUUUAAUAAUACAUUGUAGGGAACGAAGUCUUAAUUCUCUCGUAGUAAUCCUGUUUCUCCAUCAUUACUUUCUUUUCUCCUCUAUCUCCUCGAGUCUUCUUUCUAAUGGGUUGUAAAUUCUCUUAUUUUGUCUUUGGUUCGUUACAGUUUGUACUUAAUGCAUCAGGUCUCUAAAUCAACGAUUGACUCAACCAUAGGAACGUGUAAAAGUUUUAGGGUGUAAUCAAGUUUUUGUUUUGAAAACAAUUCAUUUUGAUAAAUUGACGAUUAACUCAUCCGCUAAUUUUUGUUUAUUUUUAAUUAAUUGUGAUGGUCAAUAAAGUGAACUUCAAAAUCAUAAAAAUAUUUUUUUUGUCAGUACCUAGGUACAAAAAAGCCCUUUCAGGCCAAAUAAAAACUCAGUAGAUUUUAUAUAUCCCCGAAAUGACAAUAAGUUUUGAAAUUCUUUUCGAUGAUAACCCAAAUGGAAUAUAUUUCACUGGCCAAACUGUUAAAGGACGGGCUAUACUUCACAUCGAUGAGAAGAUUUCUGUCAAAGGAAUCCAGGUCCGAGUUCGAGGAUAUGCAAAAAUCAAAUGGCAAGAAGGUGGUGGGAAAUCAUCACACUUAUACUUUGACGAAGAGAAAUAUAUGGAUUCUGUAACAGAGUGCCUUGAUACAAAAGGUCUCAAGCAAACUCUUGACAUUGGUACAUAUGAAUAUAAAUUUGAAUGUGCCUUACCAUCAGAAUGUCCUUCAUCCUUUGAAGGUCUUUACGGCCGCAUACGCUACGACACAAAAAUUAUUGUGAACCGUCCCUAUGCAUUUAACAAAUCUUACAAAAUGGGCUUCAACGUACUUAAAAUCUAUGAUCUAAAUCCACUUCCCGAAUUAAGAAUUCCGACAAAAUUGGAAGAGUUAAAACAUUUCUGUUGCGGUCCAUGUAAAUCAAGACCUCUGGUUAUUUCUCUAGAAAUUCAAAGAACGAGCUUCGUUCCCGGAGAAUUUAUCGAAUUUAAAGCAAAAUUAAUCAAUAACAGCAGAACAACAGUGCAACAAGUGGAUGUUAUUUUAAACCUUUUUGCUCUCUAUUCACAAGGAAAAGGUGCUGAUGUUGAAACAAAAAAAGAAAAAAUUGUUGUUGCCAAGAAAACGUUUGAAGCAUAUUAUGAUAAAGAAGUAUUAGAGUUCAAUGAUAAACUUCAAGUCCCACCAACUCCUCCAACUUGCAUUGGACUAUGUCGAAUUAUAAAAUUAACAUACGAGGUUGUGGUAAUUGCUAAAAUAAGAGGACCACAUUUAAUCCCAACUGUUGCAAUUCCAGUGAUAAUUGGUAAUAUUCCGUAUAUUGAAAAUGCAACAGAUUUAUCUGAAGCUACUUUAAUUGCAAAUUUGACCAAUGGUAUUGUAUCGAAAUCAUCGGCCAAUGAGGAGUUUCCUCUACCAUCGUAUGAAGAAGCAAAAUAUGUGGAAAGCCUUAUUGAAGCUCCGAUGGCUUGUCUUACUCCCAAUAUUCAUUAUAAUUCAGAAAAGUUUACUCCGAGGUAUCCUUUUUAUGGCAAAGUGUCUCAUAAUAAUACUGAAAAUUAAAUCGAAAAAAUGUAAUAUUAUUUAAUAAAUUAAUGCUCAAUUCAA